AUGAAGUUAUCUACUGUUGUUGUGCUACUGGGAUCCUCAUCCCUAGCUUUAGCUGCUCUAUCUGCCGAAGACCUUGCUGAACUGACUGUUAUAUUUAGUGAUAUUAACAAAAACGGUGAUUCUUACACCAAUUGGAUUUUAGAUUCUGGUAUUGAUAUGCCAAUGGAUGUUCUUCCAAUUCUUAUGGGUGUCGAAACUGCUACCGAUUCAUCUUACACUACAUACCUUGAUCAAUUAAAUGAUGCUGAUGUUAGUGCUUUCGAAGGUGUGGCUACAUCUGUUCCAUGGUACACCUCUUACUUAUCAUCAGAAAUUGCUGUUGCUGUUGCCAAUGCUAAUGCCGAAGCUGAAACUACAGCUGCCACUUCUGCUGCCACUUCUUCCGCUGUUGACUCUUCUUCCGCUACUUCCAGUGUCGUUGAAUCUUCUGCUGCUUCUGCUGCUGCUUCAAGUAACGCUGCUACUUCUAGUGCCGUUGAAUCUUCUGCUGCUGCUUCAAGUAACGCUGCUACUUCUAGUGUCGUUGAAUCUUCUGCUGCCGCUUCAAGUAACGCUGCUACUGCCGAAUCUUCAGCUGCAACCUCCAGCGUUGCCUCCUCUGCUGUAGCUGAAUCUUCUGCUGCUUCUGCUGCUGCUUCAAGUAACGCUGCUACUUCUGCCUCUGCUGCUACCGAUGCUUCUACUGCUUCCUCUGCUGCUGCUACCGAUGCUUCUGCUGCUACUUCUGCCACUGACGCUACUUCUGUUGCUCAAGCUUCUUCUUCUGCUGCUUCAAACCAAGUCUCUUCCGUUGCUUCAUCUGUCAUUGCCUCUUCUGCUGCUUCAAGUAACAUCACCGCUUCUCAAGAAACUGUCACUAACACUUUGACUGAUAUCAGCAGUGAAACUACUACUUUCUGCCCAGAAAGUGGAGAUGUUACCGCUACUGCUUAUGCUAAUUCUACUAAGACUGUUACUGUUUGUGAUGAUGCUUGUAAAUCCAGGAAGGCUGCCGAAGCUACUACCACCAUCAACUCACUAACAACAGCUACUGUUACCAAAUGUGAUGAAGCUUGUCAUGCUUCUAAGUCUGCCGCCUCUGCCGCCUCUGCCGCUGCUGCCACUGUUACCAACACUCAAAUUACCACUGCUACCAUUACUUCUUGUGAUGGAGGUUGUCACGCUUCCAAAUCUUCUGCUUCCGCUGCUUCUGUUGCUUCCGCUGCUUCCGCUGCUUCUGCCGCCUCUGUUGCUAAGGAAAAUGGUGUUGCUGGUUCUGCUUCCACUACAGUUCAAGUUCAAGUUCAAACUUCUACUACUUCUACUCAAAGCAUUGCUGUUCAAAACGCCAACAAUGCUAUUAAGCAAUCUGCUGGUCUAGCUGGUCUUCUAGGUGCUGUUGCAAUUUUCCUAUUAUAG